UUUGAAAUAUCAAUUGCAGGGAUAAGUCUUGUUUUCUGAAAAUGCAUUCCUUUUUAUUACGUGUUGUGAAAAUGGUGGAUAGAAGUUCAGGAAAAGCGGACUUCCGACAACAAAACCAAAUCCAACCAUAUGAUCAAGGACCCCCUCAAGGAUACGGUGGUCCCCCGUAUGCAGGUUCACCCGGGCCUGUUACGGGACAGCCAGGGAUCGCACAACCGUAUGGAUACCAUUCUACCAACACAACUGUAGUUGUUGCACAACAGCAAGUCCCUACCCGUCCUAAAGCGAGAACCUGGAGCACGGGCAUCUGUGGAUGUUUCGAGGACAUCGGAUCCUGUUGCGCUGUGACAUGGUGUGGAUCGUUCUAUAUGUGUUAUCUGUCCACUAAGCUUGGAGAGUCUUGUUGUCUGCCAAUUGCUAUAGCAGGAUACGGUGCUCUGAUCCCUCUCAGAACCAAGAUCCGCGCAGAGAACAAUAUUGUUGGCAGUAUUUGCGAGGAUUGUUGCAUGGUUUGUUGGUGCCCAUUAUGCGUCAUGUGCCAGCUAUCACGUGAGCACGACCACGUCCAGCUGAACCAGGAAAUCGUUCGAUGAUGUAUCUAACCCUGAGCAAGAAACUGCAUCAGUUGGUUUUUUUUCAAUAGUGCUGUGAAUUACGCCAUAAUUUUUUGCUGACUACAUUUGCAUAUGAAUUACUAGUAACUUGAGCGUUAACUUUGUUGAUUUUCUUUCCAUUCUGUCUGACAUUCUUUUCUUUGUUUGUUUUUUAAAUAGGGCAUACUGUUAAAUGAAUGAAUAAUAGUUAUUUGCUCUGACUGGCCGAACUUAAAAGACAACUUUUAGGAGAUGUUGAGGUCAAUAUUUUAACCCCAAAUGAGCAUAUUACACAUGUCGUAAUAUGAUUGUUCAUUCUUAAUUUGACGGCCAAUAAGAAAUUUUUCUUUAUCUAGGCGCGAACAUGUGAAAGAUGCUGAGAUAAUGAAAUUGAAGAAUUCAUAUAUUGACAUCUUUGAGAUGAAAUCAAUUACGAUUUGCGAUGAAAAAAUACACCUCGCCCUUCAAACCCGGCAUGCAUUGGCAAUUUUUUCCUUGGGAUGCAACACCCUCAACCUCUUUAAUGUCUUUAAUUUUACAUCAUUUAUGCCCAUUAUAAAAUGCUUUUCAUAUGUUUUUCGUGUCAGGUUGUGAACUGAAGGAUUUUUUUUCGUAACAGAAAAGCAGUUUUAAUGGUCGUUAUCGGGCCUUAUACCAUAUUCAUUAUCUGAUUGAUUACCUGUAUAAUUGAUUGAUUGAUGAAUAUCUUAUGAAUAUAAAAUUUGAAAUAUUUUA